CGGGCAAAGCUGCUGCGAGUUUCCCCCUUUGGUUAGCGUCCAGCUUUUUUAUAGCAAAAGCACCCUGCGGAAGCUGAACCAAAGGGAGUUCGUCGGGCUACAGUAAACAUCUUCUGAAUGUCCAGUAUAGGAUGCAUCCAGAGAUAAGCAAGUUUCCAGUGGCCACAUUUUAUGAUGGCAAGAUAUCUGACGGCCCAAAUGUCACUCAUAAGAACUAUAGCAAGAGGUUUUUAGCAGGAAAAUGUUUUGGGCCAUAUUCAUUUAUAAAUGUGGAUAGUGGACAUGAAACCACUGAAAAGCAUGGCGGAGCCUUAAAAACACAAUAGAAGCUGCUGCAGUUGGGCGGAUUGUGCAGAGAUUGUUCAAAGAGUCAGUUUCGACAGGAAGCAAGGCUUCUGUUGGUGUUGUCUCCCCAUACAAUGCUCAAGUUAGAGCUAUCCAGGAAAAGCUUGGGAAAACCUACAGUAGGUAUGAUGGUUUCUCGGUGAAAGUAAAAUCAGUGGAUGGUUUCCAAGGUGCGGAGGUAGACAUCAUAAUCAUACCAACAGUCAGGAGCAAUGGAGCUGGUUCAGUUGGCUUUGUCACAAACUUACAGAGAACAAAUGUGGCUCUGACAAGGGCCAAGCACUGUUUAUGGAUAGUGGGAAAUGGGACAACUUUGUCCAGCAGCAGUUCUGUUUGGCAGAAGAUUAUCAAGGACGCGCAGGAUAGAGGGUGUUUUUUUGACGUCAACGAUGACAAAGAUUUGUCAAAUGCAGUAGUCAAGGCCAUAAUUGAGCUGGGUGAUGCUGAGAAUUCACUGAAAAUGGAAUCACUGCAUAUAAGCAGGGCCAGGUUUCAGUUGUGCUACUGCUCGUAAUCUCCUUUUAAAAUUCAUAUGGUCGGAAGAAAACGACAGGUGGGGAGGAAGAAGCAAAGCUAAAGAGAUUCGAUCUGGGUUCCACUUCCACUUGCAUCUUUUUCUCAUUAUCUACGACGACUUGGCUUGACCCCGGAGACUUGGGUCCGUCCGGAGGCUUGCCGCCAUGGCAAGCGAGGAAGAUGCAAAUAUCUAAGCAACCCCUCCACCCCCCCUCCUUUUGACUCAUCAAGAAGCGGGCAGGCGCGCUGGCUGGUCCGUAGCCGCCGGGCUCGUGUGCUCUUCGCACAAGCAAGGUACUAGGCUUCGGGGCGCCGUUGCGACGGCGCCGCGCGUUGGAGAUGAUCGGACGGGGCGGUGGUCGCGGCAUGCAGAGGAAGGACGCGGGGGAGGAGUGGCCGAACCUCGUGGACGUGGUUCUGUCCUGGAGCCUCAAGGAUGUCAUGAACGAGGGUCUCUUCAAGGACAAGGUGAAGAAGAUACCGUCCACAUUCAGUCACCUCAAGAGCUACUUGGAGUGGUUCACCUCUCCAUUGCUGGAGGAGUUGAGAGCUGAGAUGUCAUCAAGCUUGGAAUCCCUAUCAACCAUGCCUUCUGUCAGGAUAUCAUGGAUUGAAGAAAAGAAAGGCAAAUACGAGAUUUGUGUUGCUUCUGACUCCCAGGCUGCUAAAUCAUGUAAUCAGCCUGAAUGUUAUGCUCCCAGUGUUGGUGAUAUCAUGAUCUUGUCUGAUGUGAAGCCGGGGCAUAUUUCUGAUAUUACUCGCAACGGGAGGCCAUACCGUGUUGCCUUUGUCACAGAAGGAGGGGAUGAAGAUGACGAUUCACCAACAUCUAAGUAUGUGAUCAUAUCAUCGGGCAUAAUUGAUGCUGCCAAUGAGAAGUGUCAAGAUGGAAAAAUCAAGCCACUUUUUGCUGCUUAUUUGCUCAACAUUGUGACAUACAUCCGAAUAUGGCGUUGCCUUGACUAUGAAGUAUUCAGAAGAAAUCGGGGCCUUAUUCAGGAGAUGGUACAUUAUCCGCCGGUCCCAGAUAUUCGUCAGGAAAGAACAGAGGAUGCUGCUUCUUUUGACAGCAUGGACAUAUGGACCAAGUUGUCUACAAUGGACCUUAACAAUUCUCAGAACGAUGCUGUACUGAAUUGUAUUUCCAAAAUACAUCGCAACAGCAGCAGUUUUAGCCUUAUCUGGGGUCCUCCUGGCACAGGAAAGACAAAAACAAUCAGUGUGCUACUAUGGUUAAUGAGAGAAAUGAAACAUGGUACACUCGCCUGUGCUCCAACUAACCUUGCCAUUAAACAAGUCGCUUCACGUUUCUUGAGAUUGAUCAAAGAGCGUUCUUUUGAUACAAGCUGCUUGGGAGAUGUUCUAUUGAUUGGCAAUAAACAACGCAUGUGUGUUGAUGGUGAUCUCAAAGAGAUAUAUUUACACGACCGUGUAAGGAAGCUUCUUGGCUGCUUUGCACCAAUGACUGGAUGGAGACAUCUCCUAUCUUCCCUGUCUGAUCUUUUUCAGAAUGGUUAUUCCCAAUACCUCCAAUAUCUACAAGACCAAAAGGAAGGUGACAAGCCUUCCUUUUUCUCUUACAUCAGAAAAAGAUUUACCAUUAUUUAUACAUACCUUAGAAGAUGUUUCAAAGAAUUAUUGUUUCAUGUCCCGAAAUCUAGUAUCUUGGAAGUGAACUACAACAAUAUCCUUUCAAUUCUCGAAAUGCUUGGAGAUUUCAACAGCAUGUUUCAGCGGAGGUAUAUUGGGGAUGAAGUUAAGGAAGUUUUCAUGUAUAAUAAUGGUGAACCCGAUUCCAGAAACUCUAGCGUAAUCACUCUUGGCAAAGCGAGGUUAAAAUGCCUUGAGCAACUGAACACGCUAUUAAGCUGCUUGAAACUUCCUCUAACAUCCUCAAAACGUGUCAUUCGUGAUUUUUGUACCGAAAAUGCUUCCAUAAUUUUCUGUACUGUAUCUAGCUCGUCAAAAGUAAUAACCAACAAAAAACUUGAGUUGCUUGUCAUUGAUGAGGCUGCCCAGCUGAAAGAAUGUGAAACGCUGAUCCCUCUGCGGUUGCGAACCUUAAAGCAUGCUGUUCUAAUUGGUGAUGAGUGCCAAUUGCCUGCAACAGUCAAAAGCAAGGUUUGCACAGAUGCAUUAUUUGGAAGAAGUCUUUUUGAAAGGUUAAGUUCACUUGGGCACAGAAAACACCUACUUAACGUGCAAUACAGAAUGCAUCCAUCUAUUAGUAUUUUCCCAAACACCAGCUUUUACGACGGGAAGAUCUCAGAUGCUCCUAUUGUCAUGCAAAAUGGACACCAGAAGAUGUAUCUUCCAGGUUCGAUGUUUGGUCCUUACUCCUUUGUAAAUAUUGGAGAUGGAACAGAGGAAUUCGAUGAACUUGGUCAUAGCAGAAGAAACUUGGUUGAAGUUGUUGUCAUUGAAGAAAUAUUGUGCAGUCUCCAGAGAGCUUGCUCCAAAACUAAAAAGAAAGUUACAGUUGGUGUCAUAUGCCCAUACACUGCUCAAGUUGUAGCAAUUCAAGAAAAACUAGGGAAAAUGAAGUUUGACCCAGUACAAGUAAAAAUUAAUUCUGUUGAUGGCUUUCAAGGUGGUGAGGAAGACAUAAUCAUUUUAUCAGCUGUGAGGUCCAACUCUGAUGGGUUGGUAGGUUUUCUUUCAAACAGACAGCGGACAAAUGUGUCUUUGACUCGAGCAAGAUAUUGCCUUUGGAUCAUUGGAAAUGCAACAACCUUAUCGAGUAGUGGAUCUAUUUGGGCUGAUCUAGUUCGCAAUGCGAAAGAUCGGCGGUGUUUCUUCGAUGGAAGCUGCAACAAGGCUAUCUCUCGUGUGAUUGCUAAACAAAAGAGUGAUCUCACUAGAGUUAAUGUGAAAAAGAAUAGACACCUCACAAGUUCCAGAAACUGUGGCGUUUGGGUUGAGGUGCCAUCUCCAAGUGAGCUGAAUAAACAAGGCUCUUCUUCGACAAGUGUUUCACCUUAUGCUGCGAGCUCGUCAAGUGACAUUGUUGCUGUUUCUGAAGUGCAGCGUCCAAGAGAUGAACCAGAGGAUGUUGACUAUAUCGCUGCUCUACCCGUUGUUCCGGAUAAAGAAGAGGAUGCUAAGGAUAUCAUCACUGCAAUACCGGUUAUUCCAAAUAAAGAAGACAAUGUUGAGGAUAUUGCUAUGCCUAUAAUUCCUGCCGUGCUGUCUCGUCUCGCUAACUUGUGUACGCGUUUGCUGCGAUCAUAACCCUAUAUGGCUCCCUAUCCAUUUCUUCUAAGUUUGUAUCAUGGUAAAUGUCUCUCGGUAACAUGGUCUGUUGCUUGAUAUUGUAAUCUCACUCUGAAUAAAUGAAAGUGCUUUGGUGAGCUUUUUUUAA